AUGGCCGACUUGGCAGAUGGGCGCGGCGUCAUCACGUUGGAGGCCUACCGGAGCCGCGUCAGUCUGCGAUGCCUGCUGCCACCGCCGGCUACAAAUACGAGCUACAAUCCGAAUAGAUCUCGUCCAUCGCGACAACCAUCGCUGUAUCUUGAUCUUGUCUUGACCAUGGCUAUUACGGAAUUGGCGCUCGUGCGUCUCAAGUCGCCCGACGACUCCAGCACGCGGUCGGGAAUACUGGCCGCCAUCGAAGCGCAGGCCGCCUACUCCACCUUCCCCGUUUAUCUCCUGACCCAGAUCGAAGACCCGUCCUACGUCUACAUCGUGGGCGGAUGGGCGUCGACGGCGACACACAUGCAGGACUGGAUCGCCAGCGAGGCCAACCAAAGGCUGUUGACGGCGCUACAGGACCGGGUCGAGGUGUGCUGGAUGAUUCAUGUGGACAUUGACCCGGUCGACUGGAAACGACUUCCCCCCUCGGCGGGUGCGAGUCGCCCGGACGCACGCGAGCCCGACGAGCGAGUGCCGCUGGACGCCCCGGUGCUGGCCAUCGGCCGCUACUUUAUCGCGGACGGUCGGAAGGAGGAUUUUGGCCGCACAUUUCAGGCGACGAAAAGUCACCUGCAGCAGUUCGCGGCGCCGCAAGCAGUACGCGGCGGAUGGCGCAUCGAGCCUCAGGAGACAACGGCGGGGGGAGCGACCAAGGAGGAAUUCGUGCUAUUCAGCGGCUGGACGGACGUGCGGCAGCAUGAGGAUUUUGGGGAGUCGGCGGGAUUCCAGGAAUUCGGACGGAUUAAGGAGGCGUUGGAGGGAGCGGAGAUCAAUCAUGCGAGGGUGUGGCAGAGAACUGAUGGGUAG